AUGCAAGAGGCCCCCGUGGUGCCUAGCGCAAGCGCUGCUCAGAAUGCUCCUCAAGAGAACAUCUUCAUGUUCGUGCCAAACUUGAUCGGCUACGCUCGUGUCUUCCUCGCUAUCGGCUCGCUCAACUACAUGCCUCUUCAUCCGCGCACAUGCGCCCUCCUCUACAGUAUCUCGUGCCUUCUGGAUGCUCUCGAUGGCUACGCUGCCCGCGCCUUCAACCAGUCCACAAAGUUCGGAGCUGUCCUGGACAUGGUGACAGAUCGCUGCACCACCACCUGCCUCCUCGUCUUCCUUUCGACCGCUAUGCCGCGCUGGAGCAUGGUCUUUCAACUCCUCAUCAGUCUCGACUUCACCAGCCACUACAUGCACAUGUAUGCCACUCUCGCCAUGGGUGGUAGCGGCCAGAGCCACAAGAACAUUGAUGCAAAGAGGAGCAAGAUCAUGUACCUGUACUACAACAACCGCAACGUCCUGUUUGUAUGCUGCGCCUUGAACGAGCUCUUCUUCAUCGCACUCUACCUGCUCGCUUUCUCUUCGCCUUUCCUCACCCCCUCGCUCUUGCAACCUGCUGGUGAGGCCGCCUCCCUGCAACCCGGAUCGCCAAUCAUGCCCCCGAAGCCUUCAGCAAUCUUUUCCAGCCCAUGGUCUGCUGGCGCGAUGGAGAUGGCCAGAGCAAACAAGAUGGAUAGUACCGUCCCGUGGAUCUUGGCCGCCAUCUCAGCUCCCGUCAUGCUGUUCAAGCAGUGGGUCAAUGUUAUCCAGAUCGUCAAGGCCAGUCAGUGGCUCGCUCAGGGUGAUCUCGCUGAUCGCGCAAAGGCCGGUCUGCCCAAAAAGACGCAAUAA